AUGUCUUCCAGCCAGACAGACUUUGAAAGAUUCGUUUUUGAUCUUGACGGAGAUGGCCAGGGUGGCUUUUACCGUGCCCGGAUGGCAAACACGCCGGGGGAGAUCAACCGCCGAGUCAUGAUUAACCGCGGGGACAAGUUCCAAGUCCUUGCCGACCUUCUGGACGUGGUGCACGGAACCCAGAAUGAGAACGGCGAUGAUGCGACCUUGAUCAUUGCUAGCUUCUAUUUCCUGCCUACACGUGAGCGGCGAUUCAAGCGAGCUCAGAUUACCUGGACCUUCACCAGCGAUGACCCAGCUGUCGAUGUGGAGGUGACAAAGAUUUCUCCAAUGUCCACCUGGUCGCUGGUCCCAACCCAGCGAACAGAUGAGAAAAGCGUCACCAGAAAAGCCGAGAUUGGUUCCUCGGCCGGCCCUGCCACGGCCAGCGGUAGUGGCGAGUGGUCGUUGACACAAACGCAGGUUUCUAACUUUCAUACCGAGGUCACAGGAGCCAUGCGGGUGUAUGAACGCGAUACAGGUGGAUUUGACACCGCGCGCUGGGAUCUUGGAGAAAACGAGGCGCAAAAAACAGGCAUUGCCCGCAUGCUUCAAGUGGGCGUGCUGAUAAAACGGACUAUGCUUCCGGGCAUGACGCCUAAAUCGGGAGAAGUACCAACAUUCAGGGGUGCUCUAGAAGUUGUCGUCGAAAAGGACUGGUGGUCGCAGCGUACUUCCGAAGUAAGGCGCGUCUGGAAGAAGACUGAGAAGGAGGAUGCAAUCGUUUUCCGCCCAGGAGUUGAUCGGAGGAGUGACCUCUUUGAUAUUGAACAUGACAACUUGGGAGGAAUUCAUCUGCAAGAUGAAGUCAUGUUCAUUAGUCUUCAUCAGAGUUUUGAGGUUAUGCAGGAGGAGAGAAAGGCGAGGAAGCGGCUAAAAGAGGAACAAAGACGAAGGGAUGCAGACGAGAAAAGCUCCGCCGAUACGGCGGACACCAAGUAG